AUGCAAGGGGACAAGUACACGGACUUGUCAAUUACUCUGUCUACCUUCUGUAUGAAAUACGUAGGGUUGUGGACAGCCAAGGAUUAUGCGCAAGAACGUCGAAGGAAACUAGGGAUAGCGUACUCGAUUUACGCAGUCUGCUUAGCGCUGUUCUUCGAGAUCAGAGACUUGUGUUUCUCUUGGGGCGAUCUAAAUGCAACUCUCUACGUGUUGUGCAACCUUUUGAGCGUUUCUCUUACCGCAUUCAAAGUGCACGUUCUAGUCCUAUACAGAACGGAGUUAGCUGAGUUGAUUGUGUACAUGCAAGAUCACUUUUGGCAUUGUAAAUACGACGAGCGUGAGAAAGCGAUUCUUGCAAAUUGCAGGAAAACUUGCGUCUUUUUCACCAUUUCCGUCACUUGUAUCGGAGAAUGCGCCGUUGUCGCUUAUAUCGUGACACCGAUCGUUGCAAGUCUGGGAUCGAAUUCAACCGUCAGGCUGCAUCCAUUUAACAUGUGGUAUACUACGGUAUUAGAGACGCCAUACUUUGAGUUUUUUUUUGUUGUUCAGGUGUUCAUUUUAUUUCACGUCGGAGUGUGCUACUUCUGCUUCGACAACAUGUUCUCUAUCUUCAGCCUGCACAUAGCUACACAGUUUCGUAUACUUCAAUAUAGAUUCGAGAUAAUGUGCCAAAUAUAUGAGGAGUCGGACCCGGCAAACGAGAAAAUCUCUCCGACAAAUUAUGCUUUCGAAGUUUACCAGAAAUUUAAGGUUUACGUACAACAGCAUCAAGCACUUAUUAAUUACUCCAAGUUGCUUGAGAGAGUGUUUACGCUGAUUACAUUUGGACAAGUGAUGGUCUUCAGCGUGCUCAUUUGUUUGUUUGGGUAUCAAAUAUUACUGGCGGAUUCUACCCCUGCACGACGUUCAGUCUUCAUAUGCCUAACCGUGGGCAGCACAUCUUUACUGUUCAUGUUCACUUAUAGCUGCCAUGGUUUAAUGGAGCAAAGUGACUUGCUCGCCGAUGCAAUGUAUUCGACAAUGUGGACGCGGAUUCCGAUGAAUAAAUACGGAAAGAUGCUUCGGAAUGAUCUGAUGAUGGUGAUAUUAAGAGCUAGACGUACUUGUUGCAUUACUGCGAAUGGGUUCUUUCCUGUCUCCCUAGAAACCUUCACUACGAUUUUUAGUACUGCUGCAUCGUACUUUACAUUACUGAGGAACAGCGUGGGAUGA